GCGUUAUUCAAAUUAUAGAGGUACGUUUAGGUCAUCAAGUUAGUGUUUUUUUGUGAUUUUAUCAAUACCACCUGAUAUAUGAAAAGUAAAUCCCAUGCCCGGUUUCCGUUUGAUUGUAUUCCUGAUAUUUUCUGCCUCGGUUUAUUGCGAAAAUUUUGAUGAAGAACUUCUCAUCAAAGAUCUUGGUCAUGGGUAUACAGCAUUCCAUUUUAAUUUUGCCGCCACAACUUCAGAGUCUGUUUUCCAAUCAAAGCACUAUAACAUUCUUCCGAAACCUAUCAUUCAAAUCCUAAGAAAAUAUAGUGUUGAUGAAUUUCACCUUUCUAUCUCAAAAGGGAUAUGGGAUGAACGUUGGGGUAGUAACUUUGUUUCAGUUUCCCCUUCUGGGGCUGAUCUAUGGGCAUGGUUUGGAAACCAAACUACCAGGUAAUCCUUAUACUUAGUUCAGCUUUUAGUGUUGAUCAAUCAUGGUUUAAGUUAACGCAUGCUCUUUCGGGACUAUUCUGUGCUUCUUUAAACCGACUAUCUACAAAUGAACAUUUUGCUUCUCCGGUCCACUCUUACAAGCCGUCUGGAGUACCGAAAUUCAGAAGAGCUUCUGGGGUGGUCAGAUAUUCUCAGCUACCUGGUGAGGCUUUGUGCAGUGAAAAUUUGACUCCAUGGACUAAAUACUUACCAUGUAAAUCAUUUUUCGGUUUGGGAAGCUUGUUGCGUCCAACUUCACUGUUUAAAUCAAAUUACAACUCCAUGACUAUUGGAGUUAGACGAGUGUGUUUGGAUUUUGAAUGUCACAAAAUCGGGCUAGAGCUGAUGGAAACCCUGACGGUUGUCUUUGACAGAAGUUUGCUGUUUGCAAAAAGAACGUCCCCUUGGUCUAUCAGAAGUAUCCUUGGUUCGGAAUUCAAAGGAUUUUGCGAUGCAGCAAACACUAGUCGCCUGUUCAUCCUUACUUCAUAUGAAGAUAUGCAUAUCCCUUUAGAUAAUAAACUGAAAGUCGAUUGUUUGGAUAAUCGUGUUCUAGCUGCAUAUUCGACAAAAGAUCUACCUGCACAAUUUACAUCUUUUCCUUUCAAAACCGGUUGGAAAGAGUCCUCUUCAGAGUAUUCACCUCUUGUUUCGGCUACCAAACAUAUCACUGGUUCUGGAAGUGUAAGGGGUGGAGUCAAAGCUUUUCUCACUAGUAGAGCUAAUUUCAAUUUAGAGAUAGUUUAUUUUGAUUUAAUUCCGUGGUACACACAAGUUUUUUUCAGUUCCUUAAAGAUCUACAGUUUAGAUCCCACAACACAAAACAAAACAGCGAUUACACCAAACUGGUUGGCAGUUAAACCAAGUUUGGCUAGGAAACGUAUGGGCAGUAUUGAAUUAGUAAUCACCUUGCCUGCUCUUAAUCAGCUAAUCAUUACUUAUGAGUUUCGGAAAGUUUUACAACGCUGGAAUGAGUUUCCUCCCGACGCCAAUCACGGCUUUUUCCUUCCUGCAGCAACUGUUUCGUAUGUUUUAAAUAGUGAACAAAUAGAUUAUUUAAACAAAACAAAACAUACAGCAUCCCACAAUCUAAAUCUUCCGGAUUGGGCCAGUAGUUACAAUCAGUUUUUCAAUACAGCUCAUUUCGCACCUCAGGAUGGUUUUGUUCGUCUACACACUCCUGUGUCUCUUGUCACAAUGCCAACACCAGAUUUCAGUAUGCCAUUUAAUGUUUUAUGUUUGGUUUGUUCAGUCGUUGCUGUUGUGUUUGGGUCCGUUCACAAGGCUACGACGACUGUUUUCAACGUCACUCUUCAAAAGAAUGCCAGCGACUCAUUACUAACACAUCUAAUAGACCGCAUCUUAACUAAGAAGAAUACUUCAAGGACAAUGAAUGAACAGAAUAUAUCAACGAGUGCUCCAAGCAAUCACGAUAAAAAUGACUGAUUUGGUUGGAAAUAAUCAUAUGCUUAAGCAUUAAAACCGUAAUACACAUAUUUUGUAUUUAACAUCGUUUUUGUAAUAAAGUCAUAGAAACUGAAAUACCCACUUUUUGUAAUCUUCUUUACAAAGAGCAAUCUACACAACAAUGAAACCGUUAUACUCAAAUAUGUAACCCAUCAAUGUAUUUAAGAACAGAAUUGAUUCACCGAACUAAAAGCUGUAUUUUAAUAUUUACUUGUAUAUAGGUCGAUACUAAAAGACAGAUAUUUCAAUUUCAAGGGAUCAAAGUACAAAUAUAUACACCAGGUACGAUUAUAUUAACGUGAUUUAUUUUAGUGGACUCUUUCUUGGGUUAUGGUCACUAUACCUGGAAGUGUGCAGAAGCCUUGUCUGGUUUUCUGGCAAAGUAUCCUGAGGAAGUCAGAGGGCUUCGAGUUCUAGAACUCGGUGCUGGCACAGGACUUUGUGGAAUUACUGCAGCUAUUCUUGGGGCUCUUCAUGUUCGAUUCACUGACAAAGACUUGACAUAUUCGGAUACACUACAUCUAAAUGCUCAGCUGAAUGGAAUCAAAAAUUAUGAUUUUACCCCAUUAGAUUGGAAUUAUCCCCUCGACUGGUCAGGUGGGAUCUUCGAUACCAUUUUGGCAUCUGAUUGUUUGUAUGAUAAGGAAGGUGAGUCCAUCAUAAUAGUCUCAUUUUUAGUAUAUGAACCGUUUUUGAAGACUGCAACUUUACAACUAAGGGUAAACAACAAUGCAUCUUUACUUCUUUCUUUUGAAAAUCGGAGGUAACCUCAUUUAAAAAAGCUUAUGUAUAGCAGUUCUUUUACAGACAUCUCAGUUUUGUUUAAGAAAUAUGGUCUCAAGGCCGAUGUUCUAACUACACCUAGUAAUUCGUUCAGAAAUAUCCAUUUAUUGCGUGUUACGUCUAGUCAACAAUAAAGUAUAAUUUCGUUGUGUUUUCUUGUGUAUGAACUUGGUAAAUAUGUUUUAAAUGAGUUUUUUCAUCUCUGAAGUGUACUCAUUAUCCCCGACAUAACUUAACCUGCUUAUAAAUCAAUAGGAUUUUGUAGAUUACACUAGUGCUAAAGUUUUGAAAUCAAUUAAUUUGAUGUGGACAUUACACGUAUCUACAUAAAUUGUUGCGCUUGUAUCACGAGGCAAGCGCUAACUUAGAAUCCUGAAGAGAAAGGGGAAAGAGGAAAACUAAGGAACAUAUUGCGUCGGGAAUCGGAAGCAGACAUCAAAACAUGAAUAGCAACUGGAAAGGGCUGUCCAGGACAAAGUUCGGUCGAGAAUGUUGGCGGGCGGCCUAUGGUCCUCCACAAGGGGUAACAGGCGUAAGUACUUUUGAUAUGCGUAACACAUAGACAAAAAAGCUUUGUUAGAAAAAAUAUAUAACCGACCGAGUUUAACGUUCCAUAAUCAAAUGAUGCAUACGCUAAUAAAGUUGUUUCAUUCCAGUUACUGUAUACUAAGAAAGUGCGUCUUCAGUUUCCAUUGUGUGAACACAUUUUGAUAGAUUUCCAUAGUAUAAUCAAGUUUUCAGAAUGGCUGUUAAUGGUCAGUAGCUACAAACCAAUAAAAGUUGUAGUCAAGCAAGAUUGUUUGGAUAUCCUGUGAUUCGAAUUUCAUGAUUUUAUUUGCAGGAGUAAGAUAUCAAGAAGAAUCUUUCACUUUAUUCGGAUAUCAAAAAGGACUCGUGGCUUGAUAGUCUCUAACUUCAUCUUCUAGUAGAGAACUAAAUGA